CCGGCCGGGUGCUGUCGGAGGUUGACAGGUCGAGGCAGGGAGGCGGCGGCGGCGGCAGCGGCGGCCGAGCCGGUCGCCCGAGACGGCGAUCUCAUGGGGAACGCUACGAGUAACAGCAGUGAAGACGAAGCGGCAGCCGCCGGGGGUGAGGGCUGGGGUCCGCACCAGGACUGGGCCGCGGACUCGGCUACGACCCCCGGCUCGGGCCUCGCGGCGCCGUCGCUGCCGUCCGCCGCGGCGCUGCUAGAACCGGCCCGGCUGCGAGAGGCAGCGGCUGCGUUGCGACCCACGCCGCCCUGCGAGUCGCUGGUGUCGAGGCACCACGGCGCGCUCCUGCGCUGGCUGGAAGAGCGGCUGGGCCGCGGCGAGGAGUCCGUCACCCUGGAGCAGUUCCGGGAGCUGCUGGAGGCUCGUGGCGCUGGCUGCUCGGGCGAGCAGUUCGAGGAGGCCUUUGCCCAGUUUGAUGCUGAGGGUGAUGGCACGGUUGAUGCUGAGAACAUGCUGGAAGCCCUCAAGAAUUCCAGUGGAGCUAAUCUUCAAGGAGAGCUGAGCCACAUCAUCAGACAACUGCAGGCCUGUUCUCUUGUUCCAGGUUUCACAGACAUAUUUUCGGAGUCAAAGGAAGGCCUUGGCAUUCACUCGUCAAUGAUACUGCGCUUCCUGCACCGCAAUCGCAUCUCCAGCACAUUGAUUCCCUACCCACUGUUGGAGCACUGCAACAACAUGUGCGCCAUGCGCUCCUCCGUCCUGAAGGAGGCUCUGGAGCAGCUUGUGCAGAAAGAGAAGGAGAGCCCUGGAGACUUAACGAGAAGCCCAGAGAUGGAUAAACUGAAGUCAGUAACAAAGUGCUAUGCAUAUAUAGAAACAUCCUCCAACCCUGCAGACAUUGACAAGAUGACUAAUGGAGAAACGUCCUCUUACUGGCAGUCAGAUGGCAGUGCCCGCUCCCACUGGAUUCGCUUGAAAAUGAAGCCAGAUGUUGUGCUGAGGCACCUGUCCAUUGCAGUAGCUGCCACUGACCAGAGCUACAUGCCACAGCAGGUGACGGUGGCUGUGGGGAGGGGUCCCAGUGACCUUCAGGAAGUCCGAGAUGUGCAUAUCCCCAGCAAUGUGACUGGCUAUGUGACACUGCUGGAAAAUGCCAACAUCAGUCAGCUCUAUGUCCAGAUUAACAUAAAACGUUGUCUUAGCGAUGGGUGUGACACUAGAAUCCACGGCCUGAGGGCUGUUGGCUUUCAGAAAGUUAAGAAGUCUGGGGUGUCAGUCUCAGAUGCUUCUGCAAUAUGGUACUGGUCUCUGCUGACUUCUCUGGUGACGGCUUCCAUGGAGACGAACCCCGCGUUUGUCCAGACAGUGCUGCACAACACUCAGAAGGCCCUGCAGCACAUGCCCCCACUGUCCCUCUCACCAGGAUCCACAGAUUUCUCAACUUUCCUCUCUCCCAACGUUCUGGAAGAAGUGGACAGUUUCCUCCUAAGGAUAACUAGCUGCUGUUCUACACCAGAGGUAGAACUCACUCUUCUGGCUUUUGCACUAGCAAGAGGAAGUGUUGCCAAAGUGAUGAGCUCUCUUUGUACCAUCACUGACCACCUGGACACACAGUACGAAGCCUCCUCCCUCAUCUCAUCCAUGGCGUCAGUCAGGCAGAACCUGCUCCUCAAAUAUGGUAAACCUCUCCAGUUGACUCUUCAGGCCUGUGAUGUCAAAGGGAAAGAAGAGAAGUCAGGCCCUGAAAACCUGCUUGUUGAGCCAUGGACAAGGGAUGGUUUUCUUACGGAGACUGGAAAAACCAGAGCAAGCACUAUUUUUUCUACAGGAACUGACUCUGCCAUCCAAGUUACACAGAUCAGAAUUAUGGUCCGACGUGGUGGCAUUGGCGCCCAGUGUGGGUUAGUGUUUGCCUAUAACUCCUCUUCUGACAAAUUCCAUGCAGAAGAACACUUCAAAAGGUUUGAAAAAUAUGACAAAUGGAAGCUUCAGGAACUCAGGCAAUUUGUAAAAAGCAGGAUUGGUUGCUCAUCUGCUGACCUUGGAGAGGAUGAUCCUGUUGGCUGGUUUGAGCUGGAAGAAGAGUGGGAUGAAGCUGAUGUGAAGUUACAACAGUGCAGAGUUGCCAAAUACUUGAUGGUGAAGUUCCUCUGCACCCGUCAAGAGUCCGCAGAGCGUUUGGGAGUGCAAGGCUUAAGCAUCAGUGGGUACCUCAGGCCUGCAAGAGCAGAAGCAGAGCAGAGCAUCCUCUGUGCCCACUGCAGGAAAGACACAGACGGUGUCUCUGGGGCCACCCUGCUCCUCAGGACCCUCCAGUUCAUCCAGCAGCUUGCACAUGACCUGGUGCAGCAAAAGGAAAGUGGCUUAAAAUAUAAAUCUUUUCUGGACUUCGCGGGUCUUGAUUUGCAGAUCUUCUGGAAUUUUUACAGUAAAUUAAAGAAAAACCCGAGGGAAGAAUGCAUCUGCGCCCAGACCCUGCUUCUGCAGCUGCUGCAGAGCUGCUUCCCAGUGCUGCAGAGAGACGUGCUGGCUGCCUCGCAGGAGGGGAAGCCUGCCGCCCAGAGCCCUGAGGGGGCAGCCGCUGCCAAGGAGCUCUACACACACCUGUGCGAUGUGGUAGAUAGGGCAGCUGGAGACUCUGUGCCCAUGGAGAUAUUGAAACAGGAAGUGAGAAACACUCUACUCAAUGGGGCUGCUGUCUUCUUUCCUGAUCGACAGACUCGGCGGAACCAUCUCUUCGCCAUGAUGAAGAAUGUCACCGAGCAGGAGCACAAGCAGUCCCUGCAGCUCACUUUCCGUUCACUGUGCACGUAUUUUAGUGAUAAGGAUCCAGGUGGCCUCCUGCUGUUGCCUGAGAAGAGUGAGCUGGCCGACAUGAACAUCAGCGAAGUCCUAGCAGUCAUGAACACGCUUCUCUCUGUGGCUGCCCGAGAGUGUGAGCUGGUGAUGCUCCAUGGGGCCCAAGGGGAGGCUGGCUCGGUGCUCUUCUCCCUGUUCUGGUCUGUCCAAGGUAGCCUGCUGUCCUGGUGCUACCUGCAGCUGAAGAGCACCGAUUCUGCAGCCAAAGAUCUUGCCGCAGACCUUAUUGAAAAAUAUGUGGGUCAGUUUCUGGCAAGCAUGAGAGCAAUUUUGGAAUCCCUCUUGUCGCAGUAUAGUGGAAAAACCAUAGUCGAAAAAUUAUGUAAUUCGGUGUUUUCCAUGGCAGCUCGUCAACUGGUCAUCUUCCUGCUGGACUUGUGCCCAUUAGACAUUUCACACUGCACACUCUUGAGAGAGUUCAGCACCCUGACGGAGCUGCUGAAGAAGCUCUGCAGUGACUCUGGAGGAGGACUGAAUAAGCUGGAUGUGGAGACCUGGCAGCAGGAGCAGCCUGUGGUGUUGCAUACCUGGACUAAGGAAUCUGCCCACAACUAUGAAAAUAACUGCCAUGAAGUGUCUGUCUUUGUGAGCCCAGGAGCAACCUAUUUUGAGGUGGAAUUUGAUGAGAGAUGUGAAACUGAAAAAAGGUAUGAUUAUUUGGAGUUUACUGAUGCUAGAGGUGGGAAAACACGCUAUGACACCAAAGUUGGCACUGAGAAGUGGCCCAAGAAAGUGACUUUUAAGGCUGGUCCUCGGCUGCAGUUCCUCUUUCACUCUGACAGCAGUAACAACGAGUGGGGCUACAAAUUCACUGUCACUGCUUACGGCCUGCCUGAUGUUGCUGUGUCUUGGGGGCUGGACUUACAGCUCCUUGUCUCCCGACUGAUGGGACGCCUGGCUUCCCAGUGCAUGGCACUCAGAUCUGUGCAUCAGCUAGGACAUAACAUGGCAGUAACCCAGGCAAAAAUGGCCUUAGUUCUAAACUCGUCCUUGUGGAAACCUGUCUUCCGGCAUCAGAUUUGUCCAGAGUUGGAAUUAGAAGCGAACUGGCCCACUCACCCACACCAUGAUCGUAAGGAGGUUAAGAACAUCCCUGAUGAUCCCUGUCGCCGUUUUCUCCUUGACUUUGCCCAGUCAGAGCCUGCUCAGCACUUCUGUGGGCCAUAUUCAGAACUUUUCAAAGGAUUCACACAGGCAUGUAGAAAACAGGCCCCAAAGACAGAUAUAGUUGCUGGUUCCACUAUUGAUCAAGCUGUGAACGCCACCUUUGCUGCUCUGGUGUAUCGCACUCCAGAUUUAUAUGAGAAGCUGCAAAAAUAUGUAAACAGCGGGGGCAAGACAACUCUGAGUGAAGAGUUUGCACAGGUGUAUUCUUUGGCUGAUGGGAUUCGAAUAUGGAUGUUAGAAAUGAAGCAGAAGUCUCUGAUGAGCCUGGGCAAUGAGACAGAAGAACAACGUGGCUCAGAAGCAGCUGAAGCAAACCCCGAGAUCCUGGCAAAAGAGUGUGUUCAGAAGAGUCUUCUGUUACUAAAAUUUUCGCCCACCAGCAUACAUUCUAAAGACAGCAGUGACAAACGAGUGGCUGUGGAUGAACCGGACCAUCUCCAGCCCCUUGAUAAGCGCCCGCGGACCAGCUCUGUGGUGGAAGAGCAUUUCCAAGCCUCAGCAUCUCCCACUGAAACAGCACCCCCCACUGCUGGAGAGGGGAGUCCUGGCGUGGAUGUCCAAGCCAGGCUGUCACCUGGCAGUGGCCCUCCCGCAGCAGAAGGGUCCUGUGCCACAGCCGAGGAGCCCUCAUCACCAUCCACACCCACCCGGCGGCCUCCCUUCACCCGAGGGCGACUCCGGCUGCUCUCCUUUCGAUCCAUGGAGGAGGCCAGACCUGUGCCCACCGUGAAGGAGAAGUACCCUGUCCUGAAGGACGUCAUGGACUUCAUCAAAGACCAGUCCCUCUCGCAGGAGAGCGUUGUGCAGGUUCUUGCCUUGAAGAAAGCACAAGCCCAGGGCAUCCUUGAAGUCCUGAGGAUAAUUCAGUACUGUGCAGAGUCCCUUGGACAGCCCCAUUGCUUUCAUCCGCCAUGUAUACUUUUCCUCUUGGAACUCCUGACCUGCCAGAAAGAUUUUACCAAUUAUUUUGGACACUUGGAAGGCUGUGGUGCUGAGCUACACAAAGAAAUUCGAGACACAUACUAUCAACUUGUCCUGUUUUUGGUCAAAGCAAUUAAAGAAUUUAGUAGCAUCAAUGACAGGUCUUUGCUGCCUGCCUUUUCCUGCAUUCAAACAGUCCUGCUUCAUCUUUUGGAUAUGGGCUGGGAACCCAGUGAUCUUGCCUUCUUUGUUGAUAUUCAGUUACCAGAUCUCCUCAUGAAAAUGUCACAGGAGAACAUAAGUGUCCAUGACAGUAUGAUCAGCCAGUGGAGUGAAGAAGAUGAACUUGCUGAUGCCAAGCAGAAUUCGGAAUGGAUGGAUGAGUGUCAGGAUGGCAUGUUUGAGGCCUGGUAUGAAAAAAUAGCCCAGGAAGACCCAGAGAAGCAGAGGAAAAUGCACAUGUUUAUUGCUCGCUACUGUGACCUGCUGAACGUGGACAUCUCUUGUGAUGGGUGUGAUGAGAUCGCCCCCUGGCAUCGCUACCGGUGCCUGCAAUGCAGUGAUAUGGAUCUCUGCAAAACUUGCUUCCUCGGUGGAGUGAAGCCAGAGGGCCAUGGAGAUGACCAUGAGAUGGUCAACAUGGAGUUUACCUGUGACCACUGCCAGGGUUUGAUCAUAGGCCGGAGGAUGAAUUGCAAUGUGUGUGAUGACUUUGAUCUUUGCUAUGGAUGCUAUGCUACAAAGAAAUACUCCUAUGGCCAUUUGCCUACCCACAGCAUCACGGCCUACCCGAUGGUGACCAUCCGGAUCAGCGACCGGCAGAGGCUCAUCCAGCCCUACAUCCACAACUACUCCUGGCUGCUCUUCGCUGCUCUGGCGCUCUACAGUGCCCACUUGGCCAGCACAGAGGAUGUGGACGGGGAGAAGCUGGCUCCUGAGGCCCACAGCAGCGCCGCCACCCUGCGGAGCCAGUGCAUGAAGCUCGUUGGGGACUGUCUGAUGAAGGCUCACCAGGGAAAAGGUCUUAAAGCUCUAGCUCUUCUUGGUAUAUUGCCAGAUGGCAACUCUGCCCCAGAACAUCAGGCCCCAGCGGCCCCUGGGCCCUGCUGCACAUCAGAGGAGCCGCUGCCGAAGAAGGGGACACCAGCAGCUGAGGAGCCACCAGAGGCAAAUCCUUGCGUGCGUUGCCAUGGGGAAGAAGCCGUUUGUAAGGAAGUCAGCCCUUCAGGUGACAAGCAGAGAGCUAAGGCAGGUGACGAUGCGUCAUUAACGACCCAAACUUCAGACUCACCUGCAAAUGCUGGCCCACCUACAGGACUUCCAGAUACAGAAAAUGCAGAAGCGUCAUCUCAGAAGCCAAUAGAGGAGAAGGCAGUGACUCCACACCCUGAGCAAGUGUUUGCUGAGUGCUCCCAGAAGAGGAUUUUGGGAUUACUAGCAGCCAUGUUACCGCCCUUAAAGUCGGACCCCACCAUCCCGCUGAUGGACCUCGAGCACGUGCUCCCACUCAUGUUCCAGGUGGUCAUCUCAAAUGCAGGACACCUGAACGAAACCUACCACCUCACCCUGGGCCUCCUCGGCCAGGUGAUCAUCCGUCUGCUGCCAGCUGAGGUCGACGCUGCCGUGAUCCAGGUCCUCUCGGCCAAGCACAACCUGUUUGCUGCAGGGGACAGUGCCGUCGUGCCCGAUGGCUGGAAGACCACCCAUCUGCUCUGCAGCCUGGGAGCUGUGUGUCUGGACAGCCGGGUGGGCUUAGACUGGGCGUGCUCCAUGGCAGAGAUCCUGCGGUCCCUCAACAGCGCCCCUCUGUGGCGUGACGUCCUUGCUGCCUUCACAGAUCACUGCAUCAAGCAGCUGCCGUUCCAGCUGAAGCACACCAACAUCUUCACGCUGCUCGUUCUGGUCGGCUUCCCUCAGGUCCUAUGUGUGGGAACUCGCUGCGUUUAUAUAGAUAAUGCCAAUGAGCCCCAUAACGUGAUCAUUUUGAAGCACUUCACUGAGAAGAACAGGGCUGUGAUCGUCGAUGUCAAAACUCGGAAAAGGAAAACAGUGAAGGACUACCAGCUGGUGCAGAAGGGAGGAGGACAAGAAGUCGGCAGCGCUCAGGCCCAGCUGAGCCAGUACUCCCAGCACUUUGCCUUAAUUGCCAGUCACCUUCUGCAAACCAGCAUGGACAGCCAUUGUCCUGAGGCAGUGGAGGCAACGUGGGUCCUGUCCCUGGCUCUCAAAGGAUUAUAUAAAGCACUAAAGGCUAACGGAUUUGAGGAGAUCCACGCCACCUUCCUUCAGACUGACCUGCUACGGCUGCUGGUGAAGAAGUGCAGCAAAGGGACUGGCUUCAGUAAGACGUGGCUCCUCCGCGACCUGGAAAUCUUGUCCAUCAUGCUGUACUCCUCAAAAAAGGAGAUCAACACUUUGGCCGAGCACGGCGAGCUGGAGCUCAGUGAGCGAGGCGAGCAAGAGGAAGAGGCGGAGCGGCCAGUCAGCAGCCCUGGUGAGCCAGAGCAGAAGAAGCUAGACCCUCUCGAGGGCCUGGACGAGCCCACCAGAAUAUGUUUCUUGAUGGCUCACGAUGCUCUGAACGCGCCCCUGCACAUCCUCCGGGCCAUAUAUGAACUGCAGAUGAAAAGGACUGAUUCUUUCUUCCUGGAGGUUCAGAAGAGGUUUGAUGGCGAUGAACUCACCACAGAUGAAAGGAUUCGGUCGCUGGCUCAAAAAUGGCAGCCCAGUAGGAGCCUGAGACUGGAAGAGCAGAGCGCCCGAGCUGUGGAUACAGACAUGAUUAUCUUGCCGUGCCUGUCCCGGCCUGCACGCUGCGACCAAGCCACUGCUGAGUCCAACCCGGUGACCCAGAAGCUGAUCUCCAGCACAGAGAGUGAGCUGCAGCAGAGCUACGCCAAGCAGCGCCGCAGCAAGAGCGCCGCCCUGCUGCACAAGGAGCUGAACUGCAAGAGCAAGAGGGCUGUCCGGGACUACCUCUUCCGUGUCAAUGAAGCCACAGCCGUCCUCUACGCCCGCCACGUGCUUGCGUCCCUGCUUGCCGAGUGGCCCGGGCACGUGCCAGUGAGUGAAGACAUCCUGGAGCUAAGUGGCCCAGCCCAUAUGACCUACAUUCUGGAUAUGUUCAUGCAGCUGGAAGAAAAGCACCAGUGGGAGAAGAUCCUGCAGAAGGUGCUUCAGGGCUGCCGAGAGAGCAUGCUGGGGACCAUGGCGCUGGCCGCCUGCCAGUUCAUGGAGGAGCCAGGGAUGGAGGUGCAAGUGAGGGAAUCGAAGCACCCCUAUAACAACAACACCAACUUUGAGGAUAAAGUUCACAUUCCUGGUGCAAUCUACCUCUCAAUCAAAUUUGAUUCUCAGUGCAACACGGAGGAAGGCUGUGACGAGCUCGCCAUGUCCAGCAGUAGCGACUUUCAACAAGAUCGACACAAUUUCAGCGGGUCUCAGCAGAAAUGGAAAGAUUUUGAGCUUCCAGGAGACACGCUGUACUACCGCUUCACUUCCGACAUGAGCAACACUGAAUGGGGCUACAAGUUCACCGUGACGGCUGGACACCUGGGGCGCUUCCAGACAGGUUUCGAGAUUCUGAAACAGAUGUUGUCAGAAGAACGAGUUGUGCCUCACCUCCCAUUAGCCAAAAUUUGGGAGUGGCUGGUGGGCGUGGCCUGCCGCCAGACCGGUCAUCAGCGGUUAAAAGCCAUCCACCUGCUGCUGAGGAUCGUGCGCUGCUGCUCCCACAGUGACCUCUGUGACCUCACGCUGCUGAGGCCCCUGUGGCAGCUCUUCACCCACAUGGAGUACGCUCUGUUUGAGGAUGUGACGCAGCCCGGCAUUCUUCUCCCCCUGCACCGUGCCCUCACCGAGCUCUUCUUCGUCACCGAGAACCGUGCCCAGGAGCUCGGCUUGCUGCAGGAGUACCUGCUGGCCUUAACCACGGACGACCACCUUCUCCGCUGUGCGGCACAGGCUCUGCAGAACAUUGCCGCCAUCAGCCUGGCCAUCAACUACCCGAACAAGGCCACCUGCCUCUGGAAUGUUGAAUGCUAGCCCUCGGUGUGGCAUGCAUGGGACCAGCUGCACUGUCCACGGGGGCUGUGGAGCAGACCCCUGCGCUCAUUCAGGAACUCGCCGUGCUCGGCCGGACGUGCGGGUGUGCCGAGCAGACUUCCUCAGAAGGGCGCUCAGGGGGUGCCGGAGACCGCUGUUCAGGGAUCGGUCAGCUCCACGGUGAGACCCACAGAAGCCAUGGGUGCCAGGAAACCUGGCGCGGUCUCUCUGGAGAGGUCUCAGCUGAGCUGGAGCUGCACGCUUGCUGUCGGGGAAGGCCCAGGCCACCUUUCCCAGCAGGGCCUCCGCAGCAGUGGCCUCCCCUGGAGCUCCUCUUCACUCUGGCUUCUCGAGACUGGGUGAUUCAAACCAGACCAAACCUGGCGGGAGACCCUCCCAGCCUCCUCCGACCUCCAAGCAACCAAGGCAAAAGCAGGCGUCACGCUAGCUCCCUGCCUGGCCACAGCCACCUGGGGACUCCUGGCCGAGAGCAAGUGCCCUCAGGAAAGCCUGCAGAGCGCCCCGCACCUGCACCGCACGGCAUGUUAGCUGUUGUUCAGUUCCCACCUCGUGUUCUCAGAGCAAAGCCACACAGUUCCCUUAGAGGGUCUCAGGGGAGUGACCAGGGGACCAGUCAUUGGUCAAAUCCCCUGGUGUGCGAGCAGCAGCCUAAGGAAUCGUCUUUAGCUUCUGCACCUGUGGCUCUGGGGUGCCCUCAGAGGAGCUCUCGUGGUGGGAGUGAACCAGAAACCUGCUUGCUUUCACUUCUGGGCGACGGCCUGGGGACGCUGUCACGCCACCACCUCCAGGACGGCGGGGUCAUCUGGCUGUCGCUCAUCCAGCAAUAACCACACUAGCUCUCGCAUAUGCGUUUCCCAUUUUCCUUUUUAUGGUUUUCAUCUUGCCCUGAAGUGCUGAGUGUUGUUCUCUUGCCAGAGUCACGCUGUGGAGGGUGAGCAGGAUUGGCACGCAGGCGCUGCACCAGCCGCAGUGGGACUGGUGGGAAGGCAGAAUGCCUGCGGCCACUGCCAUGAAAGGGCAAGUGUCUGGGCCAGACCCGAGGGGCCAGCACAGCCAGGGCCACGCCUGACCACUUGGCCUAGUCGUGGGCUGGCGUGGCCCCUGACCUCUGAGGACCCCUUGGCAGCGUCUGCACAGGUCUGGAUUGGGAGGCUGGAGCCUGCAGGGCUGAGGCAUCUUCCUGCACUUUUGCUUUGUGAGAAGGCCAAGGUGCAUGGCCUUCUGGCUCAAAAUCAGGUUCUCGGCCAAGUCGCAGCCCCAGGCAGGUGGAACCAUCCUGCAGAGGGUGGGGCUGGGGGGUGGUCACAGGAGCCAGGAACAGGCGAGCUCCGUGGCCUCAGGCCUAUCUGCCCUGAUGUCCAGGCAUGCCUGGCCUGAUUCCCGUGGUUUGGGGGACGGGGGUGGGGAGUGAGGCGGCAGUGCUGUUUCCUGGGUGGAAACCCCUAUCCCAUCUUUUGGUCUUGAGCAAACCAAUCUUGCUUUGCAAGUUGCCUGCACCCACAACGGAGGUCCCACGUUCUCUGCUACUCAGACUCAAGUAGUUGUCACCACAAGGCAUUUCCCUGGAGGGCUGUCACAGAGCUGGUCUGUGUUGGGAAGAGGCCCCACUCUGGGCCUGGAAGGCAAAUGGGAAGAUGCGCCACCCACAACCUCCACACUUCCGACUGACUAAAACAGGGCAGACUGUUAGGGCAUAGGGGUCACCUCCCACUCAUGACAGCCACCACCAGCUCUCUUCCCAACCACCCAUCAGGAAAAGCCACUGUACAUAAAUGCUGGACUCCUCAUAGCUUUUCUCCAUGCCCCACCCUCGCUGUUCUGGUCUCCCUGUUCUUCAGUUUGCAUAGAACAGGCCUGAGUUUCCGUCACACACAGCUGCUGCCCUCUGCCUGGGCCCUGGCGAGGCCUCCCUGCAGCCCAUCGUGCCCCUGCUUCUGGCCACCUGGUGGCACUGCAGAGCCGGGCCAACUCCCUUCCCGGUCUCCAGCCUGGAGCAGCAGCAUCCCAAAGGAUUCCCAUCGAGAUCAACACUUUUUGACCCUUCUUAGGAGGCAAGACUGCCUGGACGGAGAGAAACCCGGCAGGAAUAAGGUGUUGUGGAAACAUGUGCCUAAUCUCUAAAGAAAUUCUGUUCCAAAUCAUAUAUAUUGUACAAACAGACACUGUUCCUAAUGAGAGGAGUGACUUAUUUUCAUCAUUGUUUUUAAUUUGUUUUCUUACGGGUUUACGAUUUUGAAUUUUUCUUAUUUGGUUGAAAGAAAGAAUUUUGAUUAUAUGAGCUGAGUGAGUUCAGCCUGUAAAAAGAAUGUUAAGCUAUGAGUAAAAUAUGCAAAUGAAGAGAAAUAUAUUGUACAAAUUCUAUAUAA